UUGUAUCAUUUACCCAACUCUCGUAUGCAUUGGCUACAAAGACAGACACCAAGAAAGAACGAAAUUUUAAAAAACAAGACCGAAAAUUGCGAAAAGAAAAUCUCAACCCACCAUGGAAGUAAAGGAACUUGCUUUCCCAGAAGUUGUAUCUUUUAGCUGAAAAUAAGAUUAUGAAAAUACCAUCUUUUUCGACAUUCAAGUUGUCUCCAGACGACUUGGCUUUGCUUUUACAGAAAUGCAUGAAAGCAAGGGCUCUGAGACAAGGCAAGCAAAUUCAUGCAGUGCUGUUAACAAGUGGGGUGGACAUGAAUUUGUUAUCUUUGAGUUCAAAGCUUGUGGGGAUGUAUGCUGGUUGUGGGGAUGUUGGGAAUGCACACCAAGUGUUUGAUAAAAUUCCCAAGCCAAACGUCUUCGCGUUGAACUGGCUGGUUUUGGCGUCAGCGUUUAAUGGGAAGUUUGAGGAUGCAAUUGGGUACUUUUAUUUGAUGCAAGAGUUGGGAAUUGUUGGCAACAAGUUCACGUUUCCUGUCGUGCUUAAGGUUUGUGUUGGUUUGAUGGAUUUGAACAAGGGAAAGGAAGUUCAUGCUGUGGUGAAUAAACUUGGUUUUGAAAAGGAUGUGUCUUUGGCAAAUGCCUUGAUUGACAUGUAUUAUAAAUGUGGAAGUUUGUGUUAUGCUCGUCGCGUGUUUGAUAGGAUGCUCGACAGAGACGUUGUUUCUUGGACGUCGAUGAUAUGCGGGUAUUUUAACAUAGGAAAGACUGAUCAAGCGCUCCUCUUGUUUGAGAGGAUGAGGUUGGAUGGAUUGGAACCGAAUGAUUUCACAUGGAAUGCAAUGAUAGCGGGGUUUGCUCGGUGUGGAGAUACAAAUCGAGCAUAUGCGCUUCUGUCUAGGAUGACUAAAGAGGGAUUGGUUCCUGAUUUUGUUACUUGGAAUGCGUUGAUUUCAGGUUUUACCCAAGGCCAGCAUGCUGAUGAAGCAUUUAAACUGUUCAGGAUGAUGUUGGUGUCUGGAAUUAAAGCGAACCUCGUGACUAUCACAGGGUUGCUACCAGCUUGUGGGAUCAUUGGUUCAAUUCAAAGAGGGAGAGAAAUUCAUGGAUUGAUCUACAGGAUGGGCUUUGACGUAAAUGUGUUUGUUGCUAGUGCUCUUAUUGAUAUGUACUCAAAAUGUGGCAGUGUGAAAAAUGCUCGAAGUGUAUUUGACCAGAAUCCUGUAAAUAACAUUGCAUCAUGGAAUGCAUUGAUUGGAUGUUAUGGUAAGUACGGUAUGGUUGAUUCCUCCAUAGAGCUUUUUGAAAGAAUGCAAGCAGAAGGAGUGCAGGCAAAUGAAGUGACUUUGACAUCCGUACUUUCUGCGUGCAGCCACAGUGGUUAUGUGGAGAAAGGUUUAAAGAUUUUCAAGUCCAUGAAAAUGUGUCAUGGAGUUGAGCCAGGUACAGAACAUUAUGCUUGUGUUGUUGAUCUCUUGUGUCGGUCAGGAAAGAUGGUAGCAGCUUACGAAUUGGUUAAGGGAAUGCCUAUAGAAGUCACUGAAUCUAUCAUUGGAGCCUUUUUCAACGGUUGCAAAGUCCAUGGAAGAAGAGAUCUUGCUAAAAUGAUGGCAGAAGCUAUUCUAAAAAUGGAGUUAAAGAGACCUGGAGGUUUUGUAACGCUUUCGAAUAUCCAUGCUGCUAACGGAGAAUGGGAAGAGGUUGAGAACGUAAGGAUGGUGAUGAAGCAGAGGAAGAUUCUUAAGCAACCUGGAUUUAGUUGGCUCGGUAAAAAGAUGGCUUUGUCAGACUUGCAGUAGAAAAGAAGUCAAGAGAGUAUGUAUCCAAGACACAAGAUCAAAACGGAGAAGCGGAUGGUGAAUCUAAACAUGAACUGUUGAACUUGGCGGCUGAACAAGUACAGUUACUACUCAACCUCGAGUUGCAGGUUUACAUUUCAGAUUCUGGCUUACAUUCUUUUGUUCAUUCCUUAAUUCCUGAAAACAGUUCUCUGAAAACAAAGUAUACAAUUAUAACCCUUGAAGCCACUAACGUUUAAAAACAAGUUUGACACCAUAUAACUAAUCCAUCUGUUUGAUUUAAGUAUUACUGAAGACUGAUUACAUAAUCCAAAUAAACACUCUCAACACACGGCAUGAGUAAUUAGUAGAACUUGUCAUAAGCAGAUGAAUUGUUAAUUUUGCUAUGUCGAAGAAUGUCCUUCGAUAUAUCUCCGUACUUCAUACUCAUGAAACUAAAACUGCAGCUAUAGCAGUGUUGCUUUUCAGACAUGUGGCGUUGAAGUCAAUGCAUGUUUUGCUGCCUGGCUUGGGGGAUCACGCUUUUUGAAGUGUCUAGGACUUGGAAGAGAACAUGUGAAAAAUUUGGAUGGAAAAAGUGCAGUUAGGAAUGACUUUGUUUAAUAGGGACAAAAGGUUGCUUAUGAAUUCUCUAAACCUCCAUAAUUAAUGAAAAUAUUUUGAAGAAAGCUCAAAAGGGUCCCAAAAAAGGUCCUAAAAUCACCCACUCUUCCAAUAAUUGCAUGCCUUAAAAAGGUCCUAAAGAGGCUUGGAAUAUAAGAAACCAUGCCUUGCAUGGUGUGGUGGUUGUCCAAUGGAGGGGUGUGGGGGGUCUCUCUUGAACCACUUUAUCUACUCACGCGUUGAUUUUGUUUUGUUUCAAGACCCAAAUGCACAAAAGUUCCAAGUAAUUUGUGAAAAAUAUGCACGAGUAGAAUCGGUUAUAAAUUUUCAAUAAAAAAUUAUAAUUGAAGGGACACUUUGGCCUGUUUUUAUUGUUUUCAAAACGGCUUGACAAUCAAACGCGCUUUUGGUUAUGUUUGGAAGAAAAAUUUGAAAGCAUGUAUGGGUUGCAAAAGUGCUUUAUGAGGAACACCUAUUGUGUGCUUCAGGAAGACAUGUUUAUAAUAAAAACCCUUCUAGUAUAAGCGCUUAUGAGAAGAAGUGUUUCUUGCUGUAGCGAUUCCAAACAAGGCACUCAUAUCGUGUUAUAUAUACGGCUUAUUGCCUGUUUGACGUCCCCACAAUUAUAUUCCAAUACUAUUUGUGCAAAUUUUGCCUUAAAUGUUUCGAGUGUUAAGGAAAACCUCUACGAACUAAUCUCUCAUUUGUUUUAUUAAGAUAAACUCUGAAAACGUGCAAUCACUUACAAAUCGGGGUCGGAAUCUUUUCACCUUGUUGAGAAUGAAGGACCCCAA